UUUUGCUUCACUGCUCGCUAUGCACACAUGGUUUUACUUUGAUACGCCCCUUAUAGCCUGCAUGUAGCACCUUGGCUCACGAGAUACUUUGUUCCAAAAAAGAGCAAAAAAAAUGGCUGAAAGAUGUGACAACUCUCGUUCUCUACCCAAGAAGAAGCGUGCUAGGCAUGGUUUUCGGUACCAAAUGGAGCUGAAUUUCGAUACUGAAGAUGCAAAGUAGGCUUUUGUAGCUAGGAUAGAUAGGGCAAAGCGUUCUCUUGCUGCUACAGCUAGAGGCUCAUUGCCCUUGGACAGCAGAGAGCUUAUUUCUGUCCUGUUGGACAAGUUGGAGCAUUAUCAGAACGAGCACUCAGAUUGUAACGAAGUGUCACCCUGUAAGCGUCCAGGGUACAAGCCCACGAAGAUAAAACUAGAGGAUCCUCUUGCAAUCGAGUCAUUCACGUCAGCACUAAAAGACACCCUUAUUUACAAGAAUGCCGAAUCAUAUUGUCGAUGUCGAGACACAUUCUGGGUGGAGUCUUUCAAUCACCAGCUGCUCACAUACAUCUCAAAACGUGUACACUUCUACAUUCAACAUGAGAAUGAACCUUGCUAUUAUGGACUGGAACGAGAAUGUACGUAGAGAGUGUACAAGUGAACGACUGGUUCAGGGCAUGAGAAGACCGGAUCGUAGGACUCACGUAAGAGUGCUGGUAGAAAAAUCGUUCAACUUUGCCGGAGAAAUAUGGGAGAAUUACGAGCAGCAGAGAAAAGUUGACCUCAGUGAGUUUGUAGAGGACGUGCAACCUGAGCAAUCAGAUGAGCCAGUAGAUGAAAACGAGGACCUAUUAAACGAUGGUGUACAUGUACUUGACGAAGGUCUUUAUGAAGACAUAUAAAGAAGUAGAAGACUGGAAGUCUGUGUAUGGAACUCCAUCUGGAUUCGGAAAUCGCUACCUCCUGGAAAAGGUGCAGCGCUUCCAAUCAGCCAGCUGGGUGGUCUGGCUCUGACACACGGUGACAGGUGGCAGUACGGGCAGGGACCCUCUCCAUUCAAGACUGGAGGAUCAUCGUGAUCAUACCCUCCGGGACCUAAGGAAAGUACCACUCAUUUUAUUCAUAUGUACAGGUUAGUGACAUUCACCUUUCUUAGGCCUCGAAGGACCGGCUUCACCCCCAACUGUCCUUACUCGAACUCGAGAAACACCUGUGCAAAAGAUAAGUGAUCGUCAUCCAUAUCACGUGAUAAUUAUUGAAAUUAAUUCCUCUAGAAUUACCUCUCUUUGGGCUCUUCGCUGGAGGGGGAGCAGCUUCACCACUGGAUGUAUUACACCCGCCUGACACUGAUGUGUUACCUUCGGAUGGCGCCGAAUCAAUUUCGUCAAGAGUGACGUCGGGGAACAGCGCAAGCAACUUCUGGAACUCCUCCAGAAAGUGCACUGGAGGAUGCUGGCUGUACCGUACCUGAAGCUGAAUAGAUGUAGAUCUACAUCUUAUUUAUGUAAUGUCUUCUGUGGUACCUUGAGUCUUGCUUGUUCUGUAUAAGUAGCCAUUAUGUGUUUUUUGUUUG